ACAUUCCUCUGCACCCGAGCUUUGAUCGAACAAUGUGUAAUUUCUUCUCUCUGUUUAAUUUAACGCGUUUAAAGAGCUCUUCCUGCGUUGCUUAAUUGGUAAAUUAAAGAGAUUUAUAAUUAUUAUAUCGAAUGUUGAAUAUAUUCGUUCGUCGUUCCACUUGAGCCACUUGUAUUUUUUUGUGCUUUCUUCGGCCGAUUUUUUAGAGCAGAAAAAAAUAUAUUUAUAUCUAUGCCUGUAUCAAAGCUUGGCCGUUGGCAACGUUACUGUUUUAUCUGAUAAAAAUACCAAGCGCGACCAAGACGAACGUGAAAAAAAAAAAAUAAUAAAUCGCAAAAUCGAUGCCUGAAUAAUUCAAUCAAUGAACUUAAUGCCGUCCGCCUCGUACGUACUACUAUCACGCAUACGUGCUGUUUCCCCCUUUGCACGCGUAACAACCAUGAGACGGUAUUAUUAUAUAGGUAAGGCGGUCGGUGCCUAUUCUGCAUGUGAAAAAAGAAGAAAAAAACGAGAGUAAAUAUGAGCACGCGCGAGCGGUAAACGGAAUCGAUCGGUUUGAGCCAUUAAAAAUGAACACGGACAUUUUCGAGUGCACGCAGGAAGACGUCGAUUCGCCCGAGCGCCUUUUAGUUUUCACAUCCGAUUUUCUCGGCGGAAUUUUCCAAUUUGACACUGAUUACAGAUCAUGUGUCGGACGUCAAUCGGAAAAUCGUUAAUUAUGCCGGGCGUCGCCUCACGAGGAAACGAUAAUCGACUGGAAAUCGGCCAGAUAAAGCUUAAUUUCGUAAACGUAUCCCAUGAUCGUAAUAAUUAUAGACAUGACCGAGAAACGGUGGUCGAAUUAACAUUUAUUAAUUCGACGACGCUCUACGCGCGCAAUUAGCAUAAUUGCUCGAUCCAUCCAUUUGUUUGUAUCGCGAAGGCUCGAGUGUAUCCAAGACAAUUACUCCGCAUCACGUUUUCAAAAUAGUUGUCAUUUUUUGUUCUUCCCAGUCUGAGUCACUUAUGAUAGGCGACCUCGGCAACGUAUAUAUCAUCGUUUUACACAGUCCUCUCGAGCACACGUAUCGAUGCUCUCAGCCUUAUCCGCUUGUUCGCUUGGCAUCGGUACAAAAAAUCAGGGGCCUAGCCUGAGAACGUGUAAAAAAAAGUGCACUCUCACUAAAAAUAAAUAAGCACGCGUUCCAUUAUAGAUUUCUAGCUCUUUUAUUAUUGGUAUAGGCACGAAUCGGACAACGCCGAAAAUCUCACUGGCUUUUUUCACUGCCUUCGAGUCAGUUCGUAAACGGGGAAGCUGCCUGUGCUUCUGUACUGAAUACCGAUAUUCUCUAAUCUUUCAUUUAUAUCAAUUACUAGUAUUUGAUGAGAAUGGUGGCUCUUUUUUAUGAUGGAAUUGAUCCGAAAAUAUCGAUGAUGGCUCUCAAUAGGCGGUAAUUGAAUUUUUAUUCGAGUGUGAAAUUUCUCAUGAAUUCGUCUCUACUGCAUUAACUCAUCGGAAAGCGAUAAAGCGAAGAAGCACAUGGCUGGAAAUUCUAGUAACGUAAACAUCGGUAAAAGCACGUCGACGACAGCUGCGGUCGAGAUCGUAUACAUAUCUACAUUAUACAUAAUUCGCGAGUCGUGCAAAGUGCCGCGUAAUAGCGGUUCACAUAAUUAAAAUAAAAAAUGAAGAAAGAAAAAAAUGCGCGAGCGACACGACCUCAAUUCGCUACAAUGCGUUGUUGUCCUACACAGCCCCGCACAAGUACUACUGACGUUUGCAUUAUUGUCGCGAAAAAGAUAGCUGAUCUGCAUGCAUAUACAUUCGUUAGGUGUAGGCACAGGAAGAUCGAUUAUUCUUCAUAUCUCUUUAGAUUUUCGUGUCUAGGUCGUCAUCUGCACGUAGGCUAGAGUGGCCCCCUCCCUGCACGUGCAAGAGAUAGAGAGAGAGAGAGAAACGUUACGCUCUUCAGCGCACGCGGCUCUACGCGCCCAACUAUUCGAGUUUCUCUUUUGGCUUCGAAACUGCAUCUCCGUCGUUGUUGCGCCCUUUUUAUCGUAAACCCUGCCCGCGCGAACAGAGAAAAUGGUAAAGAGCUUGUGAUGUGUUAAACAAUCAGAAGUAGAAUAAAAAGUAGCCGUCAGUUAUUAAGUAGAUUGCUCAUUUGCAUGGCUCUGUGUUUUUUUUGCUACCGAUAAAGCAAGAAAAAGUAAAAAAAAAAAAAAGUUAAAUGACCAGAGCAACGUGACUACCAGUGCACGCGAGUAUUGUUGUCGAUCAUGACCAACGACAGACAGGCAUGGUUCAAAGGUGUCAGGAGCAGCAAGUUCCGUCACGUCUACGGGGCUCCAGCGAAGCGGGAAAAAUGUUACGACAACAUCAAAAUCACAAAAAAUGCCCACGACUCGCAGUUCUGCGCGGUCAAUCCGAAAUUUCUCGCCAUCGUCACCGAAGUCGCUGGCGGUGGUGCUUUCCUCGUGUUGCCGCUCGACAACACCGGACGUUUGGAUUUCAACGCCAAUCGGGUGACCGGCCACAAAGGGCCCGUGCUCGAUAUCAAGUGGAACCCCUUCAACGACAACGUGAUCGCCUCGUCGUCGGACGACUGCACCAUCAAGCUGUGGCACAUACCGGACGGCGGCCUGUCGCGCAAUCUCACCGAGUGGCUGGUCGAGCUGCAGGGCCACAAGCGCCGAGUCGGAUACAUCGAGUGGCAUCCGACCGCCGAGAACAUCCUCUUUAGCGCUGGCUUCGAUCACUCGGUCAUCGUCUGGGACAUCGGCAAGGGCGAAGCCAUCAACGUCAUCGACUCGCAUCCCGACGUCAUCUACAGCAUGUCGCUCAACAGAGACGGCAGCCUGCUGGCCACCACCUGCAAGGACAAGAAGCUCAGGGUGUUCGAGCCGAGAUCGGGCAUCGUCGUGUCGGAGGGCAUCUGCCACGCCGGCACCAAGGCCAGCAAAGUCGUCUUUCUCGGCUCGUCCGGCAGAUUGCUGACCACGGGCUUCAGCAGGCACUCGGAUCGCCAAUACGCCGUUUGGAGUCAGCACGAUCUCGGCGCUCCGCUCACCUGCGAGACCAUCGACUCCAGCAGCGGCAUCGUUUUUCCUUUCUACGAUCACGACACCAACAUGGUUUAUUUAGCUGGAAAGGGCGACGGCAACAUUAGGUAUUACGAGAUCGUCAACGAGGCGCCUUGGAUACACUAUCUCAGUCAGUUUAUAUCGGGCAAUCCUCAACGAGGCCUGGGUAUCAUGCCGAAACGAGGCGUCACCACGUCGACCUGCGAAGUUUUCCGCUUCUUCAAGCUGCACGCUACUCGAGGCAUGUGCGAGCCCAUCUCUAUGAUCGUGCCUCGCAAAAGCGACCAGUUUCAAGAAGACCUGUACCCAGACACUGCAGGCACGACACCUGCUUUAACGGCCAAAGACUGGAUUAGUGGAAGCAACAGUCCGCCGAUUUUGAUAUCCCUCAAGACUGGUGGCAGUAUAACAACUCACAAGCCGAGAGUGUACAAGCCAUCGCAUAUAGCGACGACGGCUGACUUGAACAUAAGGAACAAAUUUGCAUUUCUCUCGACGCCUACGGUGCCCGAUUAUCGACCAAAGGAAUUCACCGAGAUCAACGAAAAGAGCCAGAAAACAUCAAAUAAUCAGAGCACGAAAUUUCAUCAGUUGCAGCAAAAAUUCAAUAGUGUCACCUUAUCGACACCGAGACGUAGCGAGAAAUUCUAUGAGCUCAUUAGCAAGUUUGAGAGUCUAUCUCGUUAUAUUGAUAAGAAUAACAUAGUGACGUCCUCACUAAAUGACAAUAAAUCGUUGGAAUCCUCGGAUGUACCAAACGAUGAGGCUGAUCUUAAAGUAGCUUACGUGCGCCAGGGCGAGGAAUUAAGGCUAAUCAGGCGCCAACUUGCCAACAGUCAACUGCGCGUGAAAGAAUUGGAGGAGCAAAUACGAAAGUAUCAGCAGAAAGGCUUGUAAAUUAUUUUUGUAACUAACAGAACACGAAAAUGAAACUAAUUUUGACUCGGCUCAAUGUUACUAUAUUGAGUGAACACACUUGAAUUUUAGCAUGCCGAAAAAAUUUAGGAUUUUUAUUCUAGUUUGAGACGAUGUAUAACAUCGUCGAAAAAUGCAAAUCAGUUCGAUUCGUAUUUAACAACGUCUGUAUAAUACAGAGUUUAAUCUAUAAUUUUAUUCCCUAACGCUACGAAACAAAUAACGACUUAUGAUAUCAAACGAAACGAUUGCACAGUUGAAAUACCUAAUAGCAUUUUAGGAUUUUGGUAUUAUGUGCGCAUCAGCUACAAGAUGUGCAAAUCUGUGAUUUACUUACAUUUACUCAUUUUUUCCAUUCCUUCUUUAACUUGGACAUGAAUCGCUUUUUCGUAUAUCGAAGUACACAAAUUAAUUCUAUAAUCAUUUUAGUAGUCAUUAGCUAGGACCUUCGUAAAAAUACCAUUAAAGGUCAAACUAAGUAUACUGUUUACUUUUCAAACUGUAUUAUUCGUUUGAAUAAAAAACAAGCGAGGAUAAAUUGGCGUAAAAAUAUUACAAUUAUUGUAUUAUUUAUCAAUGUUCUCAAUUAAAUCGAUUAUCAAUUUCGCUAACUAAUGAAAUCUUGAAUUUUUCUACGCAAUUAGUAGAAUGUAAACUCAAGAAAGUUCGUUUAAUUUAAAUUAAUAUGUACAUUAAAUCGAAUAACUUUCAAAAUAUUCAUCUUUUUACUUUAGAAUAAUGUACUGCAUGUCAAGUGAAUAAAGUAAAAAAGAAUAAAAAAGUAUUUUAAA